GCCGCCCGGCUUGGCCGCUCGCUCGUUCUCCCGCCGUCCUGAAGGGUUUCCAAGCGCGCCCCGGAGCCCCGCCACCCUGGUUCCUCGGAGCCUGGGCGAAAGCUGCCGCCGGCUGGCGCCCGCGCUACUUUCCCAGGAGGAAGCGGCCAGCGGGGGCUGAGCGGGACUCUCGGCGGCCGCUGCUGCUGGCGGUGGGUCUCUCAGAAUCUGGAUCAGAUUCUGAAUCAAAGGAUCAGGAUCAAGAGCAGAAAGAAGCUUCGGGUCAACAAGGAUCAGGUGGGACAGGGGCCCAAGGACAGCGACAGCAGCAGCAGCAGCAGCAGCUGAGUGAAGAGCACCAGAAUGCAUUAGAACAAUUUUCUGGUGUUGCAGCUCACAGCACUCCUGUGAAAAAGGAACCGGGCAGUGACAAAGAACGCGAAUUUGCUGCUGCAGCAGCAAAACAACUGGAAUACCAGCAGUUUGAAGACGACAAGCUCUCUCAGAAAUCAUCCUCAAGCAAGCUUUCCAGAUCUCCUCUAAAGAUUGUCAAAAAACCGAAAAAUAUGCAGUGCAAAGUAAUCCUUCUAGAUGGCUCAGAAUACGGCUGUGAAGUGGAGAAACGUUCAAAAGGCCAGGUGCUGUUUGACAAAGUAUGUGAACAUCUGAACCUGCUGGAAAAAGAUUACUUCGGGUUAACAUACAAAGAUAUGGAAAGCCAAAAGAAUUGGUUGGACCCAGCCAAGGAAAUAAAAAAGCAGAUCCGAAGUGGUGCUUGGCAUUUCUCUUUUAAUGUGAAAUUCUAUCCUCCUGAUCCUGCCCAGCUUUCCGAAGAUAUUACCAGGUACUACCUCUGUUUACAGCUGAGAGAUGACAUAGUUUCUGGACGACUGCCAUGUUCUUUUGUUACACUUGCACUAUUGGGCUCCUAUACAGUUCAGUCAGAGCUUGGAGAUUAUGAUCCUGAUGAAUAUGGAAGUGAUUACGUCAGUGAAUUUCGCUUUGCACCAAACCAUACUAAAGAACUGGAAGACAAAGUAAUAGAGCUUCAUAAAAGCCACAGGGGAAUGACACCUGCAGAAGCUGAGAUGCAUUUUUUGGAGAAUGCAAAAAAAUUGUCCAUGUACGGAGUAGAUCUGCACCAUGCCAAGGAUUCUGAAGGAGUUGAAAUCAUGUUAGGGGUUUGCGCAAGUGGUCUCUUGAUAUAUCGGGACAGACUCAGAAUAAACAGAUUUGCUUGGCCUAAGGUUCUCAAAAUUUCAUACAAGAGGAAUAACUUCUAUAUAAAAAUCCGACCAGGGGAAUUUGAGCAAUUUGAAAGCACAAUUGGGUUUAAAUUACCAAAUCAUCGUGCUGCGAAGCGUUUAUGGAAAGUAUGUGUUGAACAUCAUACAUUUUUCAGGCUCUUGCUCCCAGAGGCUCCUCCCAAAAAAUUUCUUACACUGGGUUCCAAGUUUCGCUACAGUGGAAGGACACAAGCCCAGACAAGGAGAGCAAGUGCACUGAUAGACCGCCCAGCACCUUACUUUGAGCGUUCAUCAAGCAAACGUUAUACUAUGUCUCGCAGCUUAGAUGGGGCAUCAGUCAAUGAAAACCAUGAAAUGUACAUGAAGGAUUCUAUGUCUGCUGCAGAGGUUGGUACUGGCCAGUAUGCCACGACAAAGGGCAUCUCUCAAAUGAACUUGAUAACCACUGUGACUCCAGAGAAAAAGGCGGAAGAGGAGAAGGAUGAGGACCAGAAUAAAAAGAAGAAAUCAGAAGAAGUCACUCCAGUCUCAACAAUACGUCAUGAUACAAAGCCACCUUUGCUUGGUACAGAUCCAUUACAUACCUCACCAUCCUCACAAUCUAGUCCCUUUGCAUCUUCAACAAAGCCCCGUAGGAGAUGUAAGGAGAGUGGUCGAAAACCAUUAGACUGCAAGUCAUCUAAAAACACUGUUCAAAAGCCUGACGAGUCUGAGUUGGACUCUGAAAGAAAAGGAAGACUUUGCUCAGUUGAACAAGAUAUGGCCUUCAGCUAUAAACAAAAGGCUGCUAAAGGCGGGACAUUGUUUUCCUUCUCCUUGCAACUUCCAGAAUCAUUCCCCACACUCCUGGAUGAUGAUGGCUACUUAUCCUUUCCUAAUCUCUCUGAAACCAACUUUCUGCCAGAAAGUGUGCAGCACUUCCUUCCCAUUCGCUCACCAUCCCUUGUGCCUUGUUUCCUUUUCAUCUUUUUCUUUCUGCUUUCUGCCUCUUUCUCAGUGCCAUAUGCUCUCACUCUCUCCUUUCCUCUGGCUAUGUGCCUCUGCUACCUGGAGCCCAAGGCGGCCUCCUUGAGUGCUUCACUUGACAAUGACCUGAGUGACAGUUCAGAGGAAGAGACUGACAGUGAAAGGACAGAUACUGCAGCUGAUGGGGAAACCACUGCCACAGAGUCUGAUCAAGAAGAAGAUGGUGAUCUCAAGGCACAGAAUAGUCUGAUUAAGCGCAUAAAGGGUGAAAAUGUGUAUGUCAAACAUAGUAAUCUUAUGUUAGAGGAACUAGAUAAAAACCAGGAAGACCUGGUGAAACACCAGACCAAUAUAAGUGAGCUGAAACGGACAUUCUUGGAAACCUCCGCAGAUACCUCAGGGACCAAUGAAUGGGAGAAGAGGCUUUCUACAUCACCAGUCCGGCUUGCUGCAAGACAUGAAGAAGCUCCUAUGAUUGAACCACUUGUGCCUGAAGAGACCAAAGAAGAAAGAGAAAAAUCUGAAAAGCAUCUAUUUUUGCAGAAGGAAAGCACUGCAUACCUUGAUUCUCAGGGCACUGAGGAUUGGGUUAUUGUAGACAAAGUACCCACUGAGGUAGUUGAUGGUGAAUCGAAAACCAUUAUGACAUACAAAGUAAUGACUGUGAGCAGUAAAACUGGUGACAUCCCUGGCAAGCUUUUAAAAUCCACUGACAUACAGAGCUUUGAGGACUUGGAAGGUGAAUUGCAGUCAAAAGACUACAAUAAGCAGAAAAUGUACACCUUAGGAAAAUCCUACGAUACUGUUUCUGGAAAAAUUCUAACCAUGACCACUAAAGUAAAAGAGGGAGAAAAAAUUGCACCAUCAUCACUCGAAGCAUUUCAAAAAAUGGAAAGGGCAGUGCCAGAAUCUGUGAAAAUCAUUCCUGUAGUAGCAGAAUAUGAAAUUCUAGAACCAAUUACUGAUGAGAGAGCCAGAAAAUUAUCCGAUUCAAAAAGAAGGGUAUCUGAAUCUUUGACACCUAUUAAAGAGACAGACUCCCGGUUGCAGAGCCCUGAAGACGAAAGCUUGAAGAAAACCUUAAAGAUGGACCAGGAUUUGCAGUUCCGUGAUACACUGGGCAGCAUACAGAUUUCCAGAGCUGAGAAACCUCUUGACAGUGAAAGACUAAAAGGAGAAGCAUUUGGUCGGAAAGAGAAGAGUAUAUCUGAGUGGAAGUAUUCCAGAGAUCCACCCUUGACCAUUGCUACUGCUCACUAUGUUACUGAAUCAUCAGCAUCAAGAGUAGUGACAAAACAGCUCUCCGGUGAAAAAACUCUGGAUGGUUCAGAUAUCUUCACUUUAAUAGAGUCUGCAAGAAAACCAACUGAGUUCAUAGGAGGGGUUACAUCUACUUCACAUAGCUGGGCACAGAGAACAGAAGCUAAAACUGAUCAGGAGAUACGUUCUAGUGAGAAGAAGACAGAGGAGGAGAAGCAACAGGAGGCUGUGAAGAAGGUUGUGCAGGAAACUGUAAUGGUGGAGGAGAGACAUGUGAUGAGUGUGCAUGCAAGUGGGGAUGCUGCUAAAUUGGCUGGCAUUCAGCUGGAUACUACAGCAGAGGCAAUAUCGCAUGUGGCUUCUAGCAUCAAAGGGAAGGAGGGCUCUGCUGUGACUGAGGGGGCUAAAGAGGAAAAGAUGCAGGAGGCUGAAAAAGCUUUAACCAAACAGGAAGAAACUGCUACUGUAUCUCACGAUCAGGAGGAGAGUGCAGCAGCCCAUGCUUUGGAUGCACUGGAAAGAAAACCUCUUUUUGAGUCACCAAUUGUGAAGACCGAGUCAGUCAGUUUUGGCAGUGUUUCUUCAGGUGGGGAGAAGUUGGAAAUUUCUAUGAAGGAAGUGCCCAUCGUUCAUACUGAAACAAAAACCAUUACAUAUGAGUCCUCAGAGGCGGAUCCUAGUGCUGACUCUGAACCAGGAGUUCUGAUGAGCGCACAGACCAUCACAUCUGAAACUACCAGUACUACAACUACUACACAUAUCACUAAAACAGUGAAAGGAGGCAUAUCAGAAACAAGAAUUGAAAAGCGAAUAGUCAUCACAGGAGAUGCAGACAUUGACCAUGAUCAGGCGCUGGCUCAGGCAAUUAAAGAGGCCAAAGAGCAGCACCCUGACAUGUCAGUGACCAAAGUAGUGGUACAUAAAGAAACAGAAAUCACACCUGAAGAUGGGGAGGAUUGAUCACAGGAAUAAAGUAACUUCCUUGUGAAUUCAGUCAUACAUGGGAAUACCAGAGCCUACAAUCUUGGUUCUAAUCCAGCAGGCUUGCAUCUCUUCAGAGAAAUUUUCAAUGUGGAAGAAUCAAUAUUGAUUGUUACUAAAGACACUGGCAGAAAUAUCAUCCCAUUUACAGCAAUCUGAAUCAGCAUUAGCAACCCAAUAUUUGCAUGAAGCAAUGAACAAAUUACAAAAAACACAGCAUUUUAAUUUUCCUAAACUAAGUUUCCAUCUAUACCUGCACGUUCAUCAACAAUAUAAAACAGUGAUCUCAUGCUACACAUGAAACAGUUCAUGCCUUCAGUUAUUGAAAAUCUAAACAAACCACAGUUUCUUAGGUGGCAAAACUUUUGUUUAGGGUAAGAGAAGAUUGCCCUGAAAUGCUAAAAGCUGUAUAGGUACUGUGUAUAAUGUUUUAUCACGUUAGAUGUGCCAAUAACACACACUGUUCAGUAAACAACUUGAAUCAUAUAAUUGUUUUCAUCUGGUUUUAUUACUCUUGUCCAAUAAACAAUGGCAAAUCUCUAAUCUUAUUUAAAUGCUUACAAAAUGUGCUUUGUUUACCUGGUUUGAGACCUUUAAUAGAUAGUAAUAAUUUUAGCAUUGUUCAGACUUUAAAAUUAGAAAUUCAGUCAUCCUUCACAAACCCUCAUGCUAUAAAUUACGUUGUGGUUAUUUUAAAGAAAAUGUGUGUUUUCCUUACCAUUUCAGAAAUAUUAGUCUGAAUUUUUGACAUUUUUUGUAUUGAUUUCCCUUCUGUUCUCAGAGAAAAAUGUUUAUUUUCAGAGUCUGGUCAGCAUUUCCUAGGUCAGAGUUAAGCCUUAAAUUGUACAGAACACCUACUAAACAUUAUUUGGUAUUGGUUAUCACAUUCACUUGAGGGAUACUGUCUUCAUUACACUGUCAGUCACAUCACAACACAUGGUGAAUGUAUGUUUCUGCAUAGUGAAAUAAAAGUGGUAAAUGCA